CCGGCUUCCAUUAAACACCGAUACUUUCUCAGACGCAUCUGUUGUUAGUCUCUCUCUCAAUCAACUCUCUAUCCUCUAGAAAAGCUCUGACUUUGAGCCUCUUUUGAUGUUCUCCGUAUAACUACUACUUGAGGUUAUUUGAUUUCGACAGAUUCUACUGUUGUUUUGUCUCCAUGGAACUGACUUGUCUGAGCAAAGGAGAUGGCUUUCACUACCCGCCUUGUCACAUGCUGAACCUAAGUGGUUUCAGGAUCUUGAUCGACUGCCCUUUGGACCUUUUAGCAACCACAAUCUUCUCCCCUGUUCCGUGUGAUGUGGGCACUGAAGCUUCUGCAUAUCCAACACCUGAAGAGGAUGAUGCUCAGAAUCCACUUCAAAAGAAGCAAAAACUGGAGGAGAGACAGAUGACUCCUGAUGACUUGGUGUGCGCAGAACCGUGGUACAAAACUGUCAAGGCCUUGCAUUUAUGGGAGGUUUCUUUAAUCGAUAUAGUUCUCAUCUCCAACCCCAUGGGGUUGCUCGGGUUGCCAUUCCUUACUCAAAACCCAAGAUUCUGUGCCAAGAUAUAUAUGACUGAAGCAACAGCUAAGAUUGGGCAGCUCAUGAUGGAAGAUCUCGUCUCUAUGCACAUGGAGUUCAGACGCUUACAUGGCCCACCUGAAGACUCUAGUUUUCCUUGGUGGACAAAGAAUCUAGAUGGUAAAGAUGUGCCAGCCCUGCUUAAGAAUGUUGUCUUCGGUGAGAAUGGUGAUGAUCUAGGGAGUUGGAUGCGUCUGUACAGUUUAGAUGAUAUAAAGAGUUGCAUGAAGAAGGUUCAAUCUCUAAAGUUUGCAGAAGAAGUUUGUUAUAAUGGGACGUUGAUCAUUAAGGCCCUAAGUUCAGGUCUAGAUAUAGGGGCUUGCAAUUGGUUGAUCAACGGACCUAAUGGGAGUCUAAGUUAUGUGUCAGACUCCAUCUUUGUUUCACAUCAUGCGAAAAGUUUCGACAUUGAUGGACUAAGAGGAACCGAUGUGAUGAUUUACUCUGGUUUCUCAUGCCUCCAAACCGCAGAAAUGACCGAGAGUGAUUGUAUAUCAACAAUCAGUGAGAAUAAUGACGGGAGCUUGGCUGCUUCGUUACUAGACAAUGAAGAAAGCUUAGAAGAGCUAGAGAAACUAGCUUUUGUUUGCUCAUGUGCUGCAGAGUCUGCGGAUGCUGGUGGCUCAACCUUGAUAACGAUAACUAGAGUGGGGAUAGUUCUGCAGCUCCUUGAGCUAUUGUCAAAUUCCCUUGAGUCCUCUUCUCUAAAGGUUCCAAUCUUUGUAAUAUCUUCUGUGGCAGAAGAGCUAUUGGCGUACGCAAACACCAUACCAGAGUGGCUAUGCGAGCAACGUCAGGAGAAGUUAAUUUCAGGAGAAGCAUCAUUUGGUCAUCUUAAAUUCAUUAAAGACAAGAAGAUCCAUUUGUUUCCUGCCAUUCACUCACCCAACUUAAUAACAAGUUGGCAAGAACCAUGCAUCGUGUUUGCUCCUCACUGGAGUUUGCGGCUUGGUCCUUCUGUCCAACUUUUUCAGCGUUGGCGUGGAGAUCCAAAAUCAUUGCUUGUUCUCGAGGACGGUGGUAUAAGUUCAGGUUUAGGACUUCUCCCCUUCAGACCAAUCUCUAUGAAGAUUCUCCAAUGUUCAUUUCUUUCUGGAAUUAGGUUGCAGAAGCUCCCAGCACUUGUUUCCCUUUUGAAGCCAAAGAUUGUUUUGGUCCCUGAUGUUGUCAACCAGAGGAUCAAUCUUUCUUCAGUGAAGACAAAAGCUAUCCUGAAUUACUCUGAGAACAUGACGCUAAGUGUGGCAAGAGUUGUAGACAAUGCAGACGUAGAGAUAAUGGCAGAGUUAGCCACCAAGUUGAGCUGGAAGAAACUCAGACAGCGUGAAAACUUUGGUAUUGCGAGGUUAAAAGGUGACCUUGUGAUGGAGAAUGGGAAACAGAGAUUGGUUUCCGGGUUGGAUCAGGAAGAAAGUUCAGGAAAGGCUCGGUCACUUAGGCAUUGGGGCGCUGUGGCUCCUGAAACACUUUUGGAUGCGUUAAUGAAGAUGAGUAUAAUCGGAUCUAUAGAACACAGCAGAGGUGAGAAUGGAGCAGAAGACAAGAGCAUAAUCUAUAUAACAAAUCCUAGCGGUGGAAUGAUAGAGACCUCAGAGAUGGGUACUACUAUUAUAACAGACGAUAAGACUGUAGCCUCUAAGAUCUUCCAGGCGAUUGAUGGACUUCUUGACGGCUUAUAGAGCUAGUGUAGCUUUGAUUUACCAGAUCUUCAGAGCACAAAAUUUGCAGCAUAAUUCCUGGUAAGUGAUUUCCCUAGUAAGUUCAAGCACUUAAUGAUUGAAGCACGUAAGGGAAGAUCAGUUUAUUGUUUUGGAAUGAUCCUGGUAUCAAAGAUGAGCUUUAAUAUGUAUAGGUUUAGGUUCCAUUUAUGACACACAAGAGCACUCGUAUGUUCACAGUUGCAAGUAUAGUCACUGAAGUAGACAGCCUUUUUCCAUGUAUGUAACAUCUUAUUUAAAUUGAUUGAUGGUAGGCUUGGUUUGGUCUGAAAACUACAACUCUCAAACUAUGUUAUCUUUCUUUGCUUUUCCUGUUAUGUAAAGUAAAUCCAUUGAGA